CCUUUCUGCCCACCACCUUGACUUAACGACAUACAUUUCUUGUUCACCCACAUCUGCCAUGCCGAAGCACGCUGUUUGACUCCUCUGAACCCCGACGACAGCUUUUUUUCUGCCAGACCAACCCACCGUCGCACUGCGCCGCACUCACAAGCGCCAUGCCGCCGACGUCGUCUGUGAGGAAGGCCUCGAUAGCCACCACCGACACCAACACCGGUCGUCGCCAGUCUGCACGUCAACCUCGCACUUCAACCUCGAGGCCCAUCAACUACUAUGCCCGCUCCUUCGGCCAGUACUCCAACAACCAUGACCAGCAAGAUCCCGACCCGCCGGGUUUCUUUCCCGCAGUCCAAUACUUUGCCGACUCGAUCGCUGCUCUUCCACGCGAAGUUCAGCGUCAUAUCACCUUGAUGAAAGAGGUCGAAGCAAAAGUCUAUGGUCCUACAGAAGCCUUGAAGUUUCUCACUUCCAGCAUCCUAAACAAGCCUGCUCCCCUGUCUCGCAACCAGCCCUCCUCACCGCGACUGCUAUCCUUCACAGCUCCCCCAAGUGCCACUCACAGUGUCGCUGGCUCUGUCAUCAAUGGCAACCAACCUACCACCUUCGACCAACGCAUUGCCGAUGACCUCGAGUCGCAACAAGACGAACAAGCCGACCACCUAAGACGAUCCGAGUUCCAAUCGCUCCGCCAUGUCAUUGGAAACAUGAUCACUAACCUCGACGAAAAGAAUGUUGUCAUGGCAGAAGCAAAUCGCGCCCUCGCUCAGCAGCUUGCUCGUCUCGACAGCGUCAUUCCCCACAUCGAGAACGAGAUUAGCGAAGAGUCGCGCUUGGGUAGCUUGACACAUUGGGCAUACCAAGACAAUCGCGCCAAAAAGCAGACAGCAACAACACAGAACGAGCGCAACAGAAGAGACGUCGCUGCCACAAGCAGUCUUGCCGCCGCAGCAGCUGCCGUGCACGACCAAGACAUCGCUGCAGCAAGAGGAGAAGCAAGACGCGAGACGAAAAAGACAAAUCGUAGUCAUGCGGUCGAUUCUGACUUUGAUGAUCGUCCGACAAAGAGAACGCAAACUGCAAAGUCCCGAAAGAAUGCCGAUGCUGAGCCAAAGGCUAGCGGCUUGGGAAUCGCCAAUGGCAUAGCCAACGCUGCGACAACCAAAAGACGAAAGGUCGAGAAGGGUCCCACUGCUCUCGGUGCACCUGCUAUGGAGCGUUCAGCAAGUAACAUGAGCACAGCAGCCAAGACGGCCAGAGGUGCUGGAAACACAACCCCAAGGUCGACACCAGCAGUCGAGCCGACGAAAAAGAAGAAGCCAGGUCCUGCUCCUGGUACUGGUGCUGGAAAGAAGAGAAACCCGGCACUCAACCAGACGGCGAACUCACCAAGACUCAACAACUCAUCACCUGUGAUGGGAAGCGCACAACUGCAGCCCGAAACAAUCUCAAGACCUCCCUCCUCGCGUAUGCGUCAAAACUCCAACUCCACAUCGAACCUGCAACACUCGCUGCUUCCAGAGAAAGAAGUUAGCCGCCCAGCCUCGGUCGCGGACAACAAGUCCCUAAAUGGUAGUACCAACGGACUUUCAAACACGGACAUAUCAUCAUUGUCUGUAUCCAAAGAAGCCAAGAAGAGUGUGGAAGAGGUGGAAGAAGAUGGCAUGAACAUCGAUGAACCCGAGACGACUAGGCACAGACACAGACCAGAGCCGUUGAAGAAUGAAGACGUGACAAUGGAAGAUGCACACUUGGAUGUCCGCCCAGGACGAGGUUCUGUCACAUCUACACCACGCACAGAGGCCUUCCCAGAUGUGGCCGUGUCAAGAACUAGGGGUAGACACCUCCACACUGGACACUCACGUGGCAGUGGUACACCGGACCACUCAAGGUCAGCACACGACAGGAAAAGUCGUGGAAGAAGAAAGAGUGGGAGCGGAGCGCACAUCCUCAAGCAGAUCGCCAGCUUCAACCGUAGCCCGGAUGCGGACAGGCGCCGUGAUGAUAGCAAAGGAUCUGACAUGUCGGAAGAUGAUGGUCAUGGAAGAUCGGUAAGAAGAAGUUACCCUCCUCGAGUUACGACCAUAUCCCGAAACCGACGCGAACGAGGAAACGGAUCGAGAGGAACUACGACAUCAAGACGAACAGAACUGUCGCAGGAACCGGAAGAUGAGCCAGCUGAAGUCGAGCCUGAAGCCGAAGCCGAAGCCGAAGCCGAAGCCGAAGCCGAAGUCGAAGCUGAAGAGGUCGAACAAGCCGUGGACGACGAGGACAUCGAAGAGGCGGAAGAUCCCGAUGAACCCAAGUAUUGUUACUGUGGUCAAGGCAGCUUCGGUGAGAUGAUUGCAUGCGACAAUGAUGACUGCCCGAUGGAAUGGUUCCAUCUUGGAUGUACAGGAUUGCGAGCAGUACCAGGUGAUAAUGUCAAAUGGUUCUGCGAUGUGUGCAAGGAACCAAAGGGCAGAAAGGCCAGGAUGAUGGCAGCCAGACAUUGAUGGGCAUGACGAUUAUUUCCAAGACAUGACGUUUGUAGAGAGCAUUGCAUGGUGAGAGGGACUGGAUCGUGGAGUUGAAGAAUGCUGCAAGGUUAGGCAGCAGAAGUAGCAACAUGUAUAUGGCUGACGAAAGAGGUUCAAGCUGG